AAUGCAAGACACAUUUGUAUUGUACCAAACGCAAUAUCAGAAGCCGCUUAUCUUCAAGCCAUGACACAACAAUCUUGCUCCACCUUGCCUGAAACAAUCAUUAUGAACGAGGAAGAAGAAGGAAACUCCGAGGACACGAUGCAGAAGCUGCAAGGAAUCGAUUUCUUGGUAAUUGAUUGGGAUCAAAAGGAUUUUGCAGCAAACAUUUUGAGAAACGCUGCGUUUGGUAGCAGAGGAGCUGUUGUGGUGAGCAGAAGCGGUUACAGGAGAAGCACGUCAUGUUUCAGUUGGACAAAAGCGUUUAGUGACCGGAACGUUGUGAGAACGGUGACUCUUCCGGUUUCAGGUGGUCUAGAAAUUGCUCAUGUGGCUGCAGCGAGAAUCUCUGGGAAGAGUGAUAACAACAACAAGAGGAAAUGGAUCAAACAUAUUGAUCAAAGAUCAGGAGAAGAACAUGUUAUUAGAAAGUAAACAAAUAAAUAUAAAACUAUAUAGACAAAGUGUGUAAUGAUGAUAUGUUUGA